AAAUCAGAUGACUUUCCUGGAAAAGGAACCCAAUGAAUGAUGGACUGGGGUUGGGGGAGAGACUAUUUACUUCCUCUGUUCUGGUCAGCUAGUUCCCCUACGGGUGGUUCCUGAUAUCUGUGGUGAUUUGUCACUCGGGUGCAGCAGUAUGUGGCACCUGCUGCCACCGUCGGCUCUGCUACUUCUAAUUUCAUCUGUCACAAAAGCUGCAGAUCCCUCAAAGGCCGUGGUGCUCCUAGACCCUCCGUGGGUGAGGGUGCUCACGGACGACAAUGUGACUCUGACAUGCCAGGGAGCCUACCCCCCUGAGAAUAACAACACACGGUGGUUCCACAACGGAACGCACAUCGUCGGGAGCCAGGCCCCCAGCUACCUCAUCAGCGGUAUCAAAGUUGAGAACAGUGGCAAGUACCAGUGCCAGACGGACCUCUCCCCACUCAGUGACUCAGUGCAGCUACAAGUCCAUGCUGAUUGGCUAGUGCUCCAGACCUCCAAGUGGGUGUUCCAGAAGGGGGAGUCCAUUCGGCUGAGGUGCCACAGCUGGAAGAACAAGCGUUUAUACAAAGUCACCUACCUGCAGAAUGGCAAACCCAAGAAGUUCUUUCAUAACAAUUCUGAAUUCCACAUCCCAGAAGCCACAGUCAAUCACACCGGCUCCUACUACUGCAGGGGGCUUAUUGGACACAACAACAAGUCUUCAGGGAUUGUGGCUAUCACCUUCCAAGGUCCAUCCAUCGCACCGCUCUUCCCACUGUGGCAACAAAUCGCUUUCUGCCUGAUGAUGGGACUGCUGUUUGCGGUGGACACUGGGCUGUAUUUCUUUGUUCGGCGAGACCUCCGAAGAUCAAUGGUACACAAGGAAGAGUACAAUUUUAAAUGGAGUCAGGCCCAAGACAAAUGACCGAUUAGUUCUGGCAGCAGCACCAUGUCUGGCAACCUCUCUAUGGAUCUGCAACCUCCUCAUCCCCCUGUCAGGCAUUUCCUCAACAGCAGGAAAAUCACAACUCAGAUCCGGGCUAGUUUUUCUCUGUUAUCUAAUGGGAAGAAAAGGCCUAUGAUCUUCGGGGACCCACAGUGAUGCCCUAGGAGUAGCUUCGGGCCCAGAAGACUCAGAGCUGUAUGUUUUCUCCACCCCAACCACAGUCUCCCAGAAAAGCAACCAGAGGCUCUGGACAGAAAUGUAUAAGAAGCCCUGUAAACAAAAGAAUAAGCAGAUAAGGGUGUUAAUGAAUAAGGGCAGGAACAGCAGUGGUGCAUUCAUUGCUACAGAGCUGCUUGCCUUCAGGGAAACCCCAAACCCCUUUCAGACAGAAUGUGGGAGCCACUAGGGAUCAGGCAAUUUAGCAGAAUGCAGGAGAAAAAGUGGCCAAGAAAGAACAGGGAAGUCCAAGACACACAAGGAGACCCCUCUCUGGGCCCAGAGAUAAGACUCCUUUCUCUGGCAAGGAGCACAGCAGAGUAAAGAGAACUUAUGCUAGUGAUGUGGAUUUGAGUUUUCCUGGGUUGAGUGGGGACUGGGGGGUCUCUGACAGAAUUGGGGUGGCCUGUGAGUAUAUCAUGAUGAAUCCUCAUAAUGCACUGAAUAGAAAUUUGGCAUAGGAAGGGGGCUAAGGGGUGAGGGAGUGGAUUCAGAAAAGUACAGAGAAACCUGGGUGACAGAGGUAUCUCCCCGUCUAACCUGAAAAACAUGUCAAGAAAGCAAUAACCACAAGUCUGUAGAAGCAGUGGGCAGAAGGUUAGGAGGUUUUUGUUGACCAAGGUAGUGAGAAUUAGAGAGAGGAGGGGCAGGAAAUGUAAAACCAGCUUUUCUUUCUUUCUUUUUUUUUUUUUUUUUCCUCUUUUUUUGAGACAGGAUUUCACUAUGCAGUUCAGGCUGGCCUUGACCUCACUUUGUAGCCCAGGCUGGUCUCAAACUCUCAGCAAUCCUCCUGCCUCAGCCUCCCAAGUGCCAGCAUUAUAGGCUUUCCCUACCAUGCCUGGCUAAGAUCAGCUUUUCUGUUUUAUAUUUAAUUUACAUAAAACUUAGUUCAUGUUAUUCAUUAAAAAGUCUUUGGGUAACCAAUGCUAAACGUCCUUAGUUCCCUGAGUUAAAGGAUGAAGCACUGAAAUCCUUCAGCCUGCCAGUGCCAGUGGGGAGGAGAUGGAGAUGACAACGGCUGCUUACAGAAAAAAGCUUUAACUAUUGUGCUUCGGCUGUUUUUAGACAGCAUUUCUUGCUUUUAAUAAAGUGUUUUACAAGAUCUUGUGUGCUAUUUUCAGAAGAUAGAAAAAUCUUGGUAAUAAAACAUGAUCUUUAAAAAUU